ACCUGAAUCGGUACACCUUCGCAUGUUGUUGCGUCAGCUGGAUUCUGGUUCGAAUCUCCUUGGGUGCACACUUUUUCUCCUGACUUGGAUAUUUUCCCAUGGACACAAUGUAUUGUGUGUCAAACCUGAGAACACAUCUUGGAGUCGAUCCUACAAAGAACCUUGUGACACUUCCAUCGAACUACCAAUCCUGGCCACAAGAGGUUCCCAGUUGAGGGUAAAUUCUCAAGAUCGGUAUUUCGAGACUAUUCAGCCCACCCCAGAAAUCAAUGAAGCCCACACCAUUGCUGUUUGCCUCCACCAUUAUCAUGCAGACGUUCAUGAAGUACUGCCGAUUCGGAGAUCGGCGAAAUACCGGCAGAAUGGUGGCCGCCAAGCUGGCGGCUUUGUGCAAAGACGCCGGCAUCAUCGACAAGCGCUUUCCAGUGCAACGGGUGGAGAUUUCCUUCUCCAGGCUGAAGCCCAAGGACCUGAGUCAUCUCCCGUAUUCGAGCUUCUUGGCUGCGCUGGACGAUAUCGGCACGCAGCACCCGGACCUCCGUAGGCUGGCGGACGCCGCCACCGCGGCGGCGCAGGAAGAAAGUGUUGCCGUGCUCGUCAGAGCCAUCCCAGGUGCGACUACUGCCGUCUCCUCAUUGGUUGAAGCCGACCGUGGGAGCGGCGUCGGAAAAAAAUCAAAACGUCCCUACAACCGCUCCGCGAAAGGCGGGGCGACGUCUCCCACGAACGCAGACGGAAAAAGAAGCAGGGCGGAGAACUCCAGGACCCCGACGACAGAAAAUCGAGCGGAAAAAGCGGCAAAGCUGGGGGUACGACCCGGUGCUGCAGGGGCAAAGAGCCCCGCAGGUGGCGGGGCCACGGCUAAGGUGGCUGGGGCAAAAGCAGAGGGAGAGGGGGCAACGGCCGAAACGUUCGAGGUUGACUACCUAGGAGGAUUUCGACCAGACGACCAGCGCUUGCUGGUUCUUCUACAAAAGUACGUCUUCGUAAACUCUCAAGCCGGGAAGGAGGCGUGCUCAGAGAUGGAGGCCGAGGGAAGGGGGGCGAGACGGCGCGCCCUCGACCGACUCGAAGCGGCCGCCGUGGUGGUGCAGGCCUGCAUGGCGAGGGGUUGCUCCGGGAGAGCACUGGCGCGGGAGGCAUCGGGGCGGCGGGAGCUUGACAGGCAUAAUACAAGGCUCAACUGGGCUGCGUCACUGCUGCAAACAAGGUGGAUGAAAACGCACAGCAAAACGAGGCCGGGCGUAGCACGGUUCACUCUCAGGACCCUAUUCGUGAAGAUAUAUUGUAUGCAAGAACAGAUGCGGGCGUUUGCGGCUCGGACGCGAGCGGCCAAGAUGGCGGUGAAGCGGUACUACCGGUGCUUGGACGGCCUCACCGGGGCCGAGUACUAUUUUGACCCAAAGACAGGGAAGUCGUCUUGGGCGAAGCCUAAGAUUCUGGGAAAGUUCGACAUCUCCACGGCGGUCGUCGUCCCCGCGGGAGAGGAGAUCAUGGUGCCGAUGUGCCACGAGUGCGCCGAAGAAGUGGCCACUGACUUUCAGGUGGCCGUGAAGCAUUGCCAGCAGUGCGGCGACAACUUUUGCGUGUCCUGCUUUGCGUACCUUCACCGCAAAGGGAGAAUAAGGCGCCACACCUUCGAGCCGCUCGUUGGAAUAUGCCAUGAUUGCGGGGACAGGGCACAGGUGCAGCAAUGA